GGGUCACACUGACCACGAAGCAAAAUAAAGAUUAAAUUUGUUUUAAAAACUUUAACAAUUUGCUGUUCAUCCACGCAAUGAAAUAAUACCAAAUAAAAAAAUAAAGUUGGUUGUUUAAUUUGGAAAGGGAGAGAGAGUGCUAGAAGCUUCCUUCCAGCUAUCCACCAAGAACUCCGAAUCUUUAAAAGGAUCUAAUUCUUCGGGAAAAGUAAUCCUAACAUAGCAAAUCUCUAAGAUCGGAUUUUUUGGAAAACCAAGUAAAGGAGUGUCAAGGGAAGACACCUACAGAAUCACAGUCUUUGGGGAGCGAACAAAAGGAACCCCAAGUUCGAAUGCUCCUAAGAAUAGAAACGAGCAAAAACCCACCAAAGGAAGAAUCCAUCUAAGAGGAGCAAGUUCAAGGCCUCCCAGUAGGAUCCACUUUAUGUGCCUUCCACGCCACAGCUGGCUCUACAGGACCGAGAUUUCCGGCUGUAUGGUACAUUAACUCACUAAGGAGAUCCCAAGUAGAUCGGUUUUGGUACUGAUAAGGCCUAGGAUCUAAUAAUACAUCAUCAUCGGUUACAAUUUUAAUUGAUUGCUGAUCAGCACAUAUCCUUCGGUUUUUCUUGCAUUACUCCAUUCAAACUUCCAUUUUUAUAUAUGAUUAUAUCAAGGCCACCAGCACAGAACGGGAAAUGGGUGGGAGGGACUGCGAGAACGUGGAACCCCUGCUAGUACAAGAAGUGUGCAGAUUGUCGGACUGCGAAAGUGAGAAAUCGGAUGAAAAAGAGCACCCCCAAGUCAAGACUGAAAAGAGCGCAGGAGAAGUGCCAGUGAAAGAAGAUUCUUAUAGAGAGCACUUCCCCGAAUGCGCCGUGAAAAACGAGCCACUCGAAGAGGACCAAUUUGAGGAAGGAGAAUGCCGGUACUUAGACCAAGAUAUAUUAAAUUUUUGUGUCAAAAUCGAAGUCGAUUUGCCAGGAGAUGGUGUUGAGAAAGGCCCGCAUGAAUGUCCUGACUGUGCGCAAGUAUUCCCAGAAAUCAGACAGCUAAGAGAACAUGCUUGCCUACACAACAGGUGUUCCUUUUGUCCGCGCAGUUUCGGCAGUCCAGAGAAAUUGGGACUGCACUUGCGAACGCACGCAAGCGAAAACCCCUUCAAGUGUUCCUACUGCUCGAAGACCUUUCGCUUGAGGCGAUGUCUCAAGGUCCAUCUGAAAACGCACACGGGAAAGGGAGUCCACAAGUGUGACGAAUGCUCGAAGAGCUUUCCCGAUGUGGGAAAACUUAAGCGACACAUAAAAACUCACACAAGACCGCAUGUGUGUCCCACAUGCUCCAAAAGAUUCGGAGAUCAUACGAACUUUCGCAGGCACAAGGAAUCGCAGCAUUUGCGAGAGCCGCGCGACGAUAGGCCUGCUAGCUGUGCCAUUUGUGGGAGGACGUUUGCGAACAGCACUAGUCUCAAGAGACACAUGCACACGCACGCCGAGGAUUUGCCCUUUCAGUGCUCCCAGUGCCCCAGGGCCUUUGCCAACAACAAGAAUCUCCUGCGGCACACUCGAGUGGUCCAUAUGGAGCCAGGAGAGCGCCCGUUUCAGUGCUCCCAGUGCCCAAAGAGCUUCGGCUGUUAUCACAAUUUCAAAAGGCAUCAUAAGGUCCAUAAAGAAGAGGUGCCCUUCGAGUGUUCCGAAUGUCCGAAGGCUUUUAAAAGGAAUACCCUGCUCGAUAGGCACUUAAAGUGGCAUUCUGGCUCAAAGCCGGGGAAGCGUAAAGUACCUCUAGAAAAUGGAUCACCUGCUAAGGAGCACGGCAAAAAAGCCUAAUCUAGUCUCCAUACUCAGGAAAUUAGGGAACUGCGAUAUGUAUGAUAAAUUAAAGUUGUACCAAGUACAAAUGUAUAUUUUGUUGAAUCCUACAUUUUGUAUUUUUUUUUGGAAAUAUUGAUUGAAUAAACCGUGUUAUUUCCGAAACAGGGAUAAAUGAAA